GCUGUUGAUGGAGAAGGGGGCGGAUGACAGCCGGGACGGUGGUCAUCACCGGGGGCAUUUUGGCGACUGUGAUUCUGCUGUGCAUCAUCGCAGUUCUGUGCUACUGCCGGCUACAGUACUACUGCUGCAAGAAGGAGGAGCCUGAGGAAGACGAGGAGGAGCCCGACUUCGCCGUGCACUCGGGCCUGCCCCCGCUGCACUGCAACCGCAACCUGGUGCUGACCAACGGGCCCGCGCUCCACCCCGCCGCCUCCGCCGCCUUCGGCCAGAGGUCCCCGCAGGCCCGCGCCCUCUGCCGCAGCUGCUCCUACUACGAGCCGCCCACCUUCUUCCUGCAGGAGCCCGAGGACCAGGGCGUGAGCAACGGAGGGGACCUCGUGGGCUACGAGGCCCUCGGCCGGGAGGGCGCGGAGCUGCCGCCCGGGCCCUUUGCAGGCCUGCAGGCGCUCAACCCCGGCCGCCUCUCGGCCAUGCGGGAGGCCUUCUCGCGGAGCCGCAGCAUCAGCACCGACGUCUGACAGGCCCAC